AUGAAGCAACAGAGAAAUCUGAAGUUGAUGGCCAAGGAAUUGCCUGAAGACUUGGUGACUCAGAUUCUGCAAUGGCUUCCAGUGGUCUCUCUCUUGCAUUUCAAAUGCAUCUGCAAAUCCUGGUACGCUCUCAUUACACACCAAUACGUCAUAAGAAAACACCUCCUACACAACAAAAAGAACAACAACACCCACCUUCUCCUUAAAAUGUUCAAUAGAACCACCAACAGUUAUGUUAUAUCCACGCUUUCUUAUGAAACACUUCAAGUAUCCCUUACACAACGUGCACCUCCACCAUUUUUAGGGAUCGACAAGGAGAUGUGUGUUGUGGGUUCUUGCAAUGGUCUCGUUUGUCUCCACAAUAAUUCAUACUAUGAAUUCAAUGUUGUUAUAUGGAACUUUGCAACUAAGGAAACAAAGGUUGUCCCCAAAUCAAAUCUGCCCCGCUUAUCCUCUGGCCAUUGCAGCAGAUAUGAAGUUAUAGGAUUUGGUUUUGAUGCCAAAACUAAUGAGUACAAGAUAAGCAACCUUCUUAGUCUCUAUGAUCCUAACUCAUUCCAAAGUGAGCUAUGUAGCUUAAGUGCCAAUUCUUGGAGAGAAGUUGAUAGCCCCCCGUGUGUUAUUCGUGCUGAUUUUAGAGGUAUAGAUUCAUACAUCAAUGGGAUGGCUUCUUGGGAGGCAUCUCUUGAUGAUUGGGAGGGUGUUUUGACAUUUCACAUGAGCGACGAGGUAUUCCUAAAAACACCGCUGCCAGAUGAUGUUAUAUAUUAUAAUUGGAGAUACUUCUUCUGGUUGAAUGAAUCGAUUGCUAUGGCAGUUAGUAUCUACGAAUGGUUGUUGCUUGAAGUUGGUGUGAAGGACUCUUGGACUAAGCUUUUCACUAUUGGACCGUUUACAAGAAUUGAUUGA